AUGUUUUCGCCUACACCAGGUUCUACCGGUCCCCAAUCAUCGUUCGGUGGCUCGUUUGCGGAUGAAGGGCGGACUCGCGGAGGCACGGAGGAACCCCCUCAUCAUAAAAAUGUGCUGAAUAUAAAUGCAGAGGCGAAACGGGGUGGUAGGGCAUCUCCGCUUCCACAGGCAGUACAAGGCGCCCAAGCCCAGAUCAUCGACCCGGCCACCGAAUCAGGCAUAAAAAGCGAACUGGGUCGAGUGUUCUCUGGUAUUGGCAGCGGCGUUGGAGUAUCCAGCUCGGCAUCACUGGGGGGAAGCGGCCCUUCAACUCCGUUAUCAUCAAGUCCGUUCAAGAGAAACCAUGGUGAUCGACCGAUGAAUUCAGAUCUUAAUGGAGAGGGCUCGUUCGGUGCCGGAAAAGGCACAGCUUCUGCGCCGGGAAGUGUCAGGCGCGGUCGAAAAGUGAAGGAGGAAGAAGUCAGGGAAGACGGAGAGGGUAUUGGGGCGGCGGCUCGUGGAGGAGUUGCAAGAAGAGGACGGCAUGUACACCACCACCAUCAUCAUCACGGCGGCCAUCAACAUCGGGCAGACGACGACCCAUCUCUCUUUACAGGAGGCCAAGGCCCGCAGCUGGCAGCACCUUUUAGACCUCAGUCGCGCACUGGAGAUGGCCCUGCUGUAUCUGGAGCUGUUGGUGCCUCACACCACCACCACCACCACCAUCACCAUCACCAUGGCCCGAGAGCGGCAGCUCCUGGCAGUGGUAUCCCGCAUCACCACCAUCCAACUCCUCCUGCCGUGCCUCUCAAGGAGUACAACACCACAGUGAACCUGGAACCACUGUUGAAAAGUGUUGCACAUCUUCCUCGCUACCAUCUAGGCUCUACACUCUAUGCUCCACGCAUUGAAAUGCCAUCUUCCCGAGCACCACCCGAAGCAUCCAAAUUUGGAUAUACCUCUACUCCCGUACCGAUCCCACGGUUCGAUGGGAAGGAAAACUGCACUUUCACGAUCCGUGUACCUCGAUUUCGGAUAGACUCAAGCCAUCGUGAAGAAAUAUGUGCACGCCGUGCCUUAUGGGGAACUGGUGUGUACACAGACGACUCUGACCCGGUGGCAGCAGCCAUCCAUUCGGGAUUUAUUCGAGGCGAGUGGGCUGAAGAUGUUGAUGUGUCAAUGUUGAACCUCGAGCUGAAAGACAACCGCAAGUCUUCCUCCACAACUGUCACUGCUAAUGUCAAUGGCACGGCAGCCAAUGGAAAGACAACGCCAUCCUCCAACAGAACUCCAUCUGUUCAUAGCAAUAGCACUAGAUCCGACCCAACCUCAACUGCUCAAUCAGAGGCUCCCCAACCGCCGCCUACAGCUGCCGACCCAGUCGAAGGCAAGCAGCUUCCCCCGAUACCGCCGCCAGACAAGGACCUUCAUAUCAAGCUUCUGAUUCUUCCCACGUUGGAACGCUAUGAGAGUAGCGUGAUGUACGGCCUGAAGUCGCGUUCCUGGGGCAAAAACCAUGACGGAAUGAGCUUCAAGGUAGAAGAGAUCUCCUGGGUGGACGAGGGUGCAUCCAAGGGCGAGGAAAGGGGGGGAGAGGCCCGUCGUAAGAGGCUGCGAAACAUGAUGCUCACCGGCCGUAUCUGCACUCCCGCUGGUCUCAAGGGCCGCAAGGGCGUUGAGCUGCACCUCUCUUCAAACCGAGACCCCGACACGACCAUGAAGGACGCAGACGAGCCCCCUACCAUUCAAACAUCAACAUCGACCGCCGUGGAACCCGUUUCCUGA